GCAGAAACCAUUACUUGAUGACUCGCCAAAAGUAUAAAUAUUGGUUCUUACAAACCCGGAUAAGAUUCUUUGAGCCAUGGCUGCGUUCGUCUGUCGGACAGCAUUUGUGCCCUCUGUUCGAACAAAUUUUACACCCUUUCACGCCCGACCUCAUCCAAGAUUUAACUGGCCAGCAGCCAAACAUGUUAGCUUCAAAUUGCCCACAACAAAACAAUCUAGAUUAAAAUGCGCAGCUUCAGAAUCAGAUAGAGUGGCGGAAAUGAGUAAUUUUCAAAAGAAAACGACAGAGCUUUUAUCGGAGCUUCUCAAGGCGGAGAAUCCGCGGGCGAUUGCUGAGAAGAAUGUGGAUUUCUUCACGGAAGAAUUUUUCGCGAUGUCAUCUGCCUUUAUGGAAAUGGCUAGGAAAGAAGGAAACAAGGAUAUGGUAAAGCGGAUGGGGAUUGUACUCAAAGUUGCCAUGGAUGAAAAGGAGAAGACACUUCGUCCAGAAAUACGACUUUUAAACCAGCUAUUACAGCAACUGAGUGAAUUGGAGCGGAUGACAACUUUUCAAGGCUUUUUACAUUACCUGAAAAGUGAUGGCUACUUCUUUGAAUUGUUAAGAAUGAUGACAAAGGACGUUGAAAUGCAAAUGGAUAGUCUUCAAAAGUCAAUACUUCUAAAGCAGCUUGAAAAUAUCAAGAGAGAAGCAGAGACAAUCUCGAAGACACUUGAGAAGGCUGGGUAAUCCACAUUUCCUAUGCUCCAAACGGGUCUGCAAAAGAUGUUCUAUAGAGCAGGUAGGCCUUGACUAAUGGAAAGGACAAUGUAAUCUUGAAUCUGUAGAUUGAUAAGGGAAUCUCAAAAUACUUGUAAGCAAAAUGAAGAUAUUACUUAAAGAACCAAAGCUUUGUAAUCACCAUCCCUUUGUAUCUUUAAUUUGACAUGAGCUUUAGAUUGGUUCCCCCUGUGAUUAAAUAAGCAUACUUUGAACAUCAUAUUAUGUAAUUUUUUGAAAAGAUUUAAGCAUGUUGUCAGACGGAGAGAUGAGAAAAAGAAAUGGCUCCUUUUAAUUAUAAGUUGACUACAUUUUACAUC